CGGGGCUGCCCGGGGGCUCGGCUCGGCGAUGCCCGGCCCCGGCCCAGACGGCGCGUCCCGCCGCCCGGAGCGGGGAUGGCGGUGGGGCGGCGGCGGGGCCGGGGGGGCCGAAAGGUCCCACUGCCCGCACGGUGCCCGCGCUGCCCUCGUCCCCCCGCGGCGCAGCACGCCUGCGCGGGGCCCGUUCCUGGCAGGCAGCGUGUAAGAUGAGUGAAGAAGCAGCGGGGGGGGGGGGGGGGCGAGCGGGCGCGCAGGGGAAGCUCUGCCAUCGAAAAUCGCUCACUUGGGCAGUGGCGAGGCAGAGAGACAACCCCGAGCCGAUGUCAGGGGCUGCCUACCUGCGAGGCGCGCCAAGAUGAUGGCCAUGAACGCCAAGCAGCCGUUCGCCAUGCACGCCGCCCUCCAGGAGCCCAAGUUCUCCAGCCUGCACUCCAGCGCGGAGGCAAUGCGCAGAGUUUGCCUCCCGGCCCCGCAGCUGCAGGGCAAUAUAUUCGGGAGCUUUGAUGAGAGCCUGCUGGCCCGCGCCGAGGCUCUGGCCGCCGUCGACAUCGUCCCCCACGCCAAGGGCCACCACCACCACCACCCCCCGCCCCCCUUCAAGCCGGACGCCACCUACCACGCCAUGAGCGGCGUCCCCUGCGCCGCCGCCGCCCUCCCGCACCCCGCCGCCCUCGCCGCCCAUCCGCACCCGCUCCCGCACCCGGCGCUGGACGGCGGCGACCUGCUGGAGCACCUCUCGCCCUCGCUGGCCGUCGGCGGGCUGCCCGAGCCCCCCACCCUGCCCGCCCCGCUGCCGCCGCACCCGCUGGCCGCCGCGGGCCCCUUGGCCGUGGGCGUGGGCCCCCCGGGGGGCCCGGCGCCGCCGCCCGCCGCGCCCGAGGCGGACUCGGACCCGCGGGAGCUGGAGGCUUUCGCCGAGCGCUUCAAGCAGCGCCGGGUGCGGCUGGGGGUCACCCAGGCCGACGUGGGGGCGGCGCUGGCGGCGCUGAAGCUGCCAGGGGUGGGCUCGCUCAGCCAGAGCACGAUCUGCCGCUUCGAGUCGCUGACGCUGUCGCACAACAACAUGACGGCGCUGCGGCCGGUGCUGCAGGCCUGGCUGGAGGGCGCCGAGGCCGCCCACCGCGACCGCGCCGCCGGCCCCGAGCUUCUGGCCGGCGCCGAGCGCAAGCGCAAGCGGACCUCCAUCGCCGCCCCCGAGAAGCGCUCUCUGGAGGCCUACUUCGCCCUGCAGCCCCGGCCCUCCUCCGAGAAGAUCGCCGCCAUCGCCGAGAAGCUGGACCUCAAGAAGAACGUGGUGCGCGUCUGGUUCUGCAACCAGCGCCAGAAGCAGAAGCGCAUGAAGUACUCGGCAGUGCACUGACGGCGCCCGGCCCCGACGGCGCGGCCCCCGCGGUGGGACGCGCCCCCCAACCCCCGCCCCGCCGCCGGCCAGCCCGCCCCGGCAGCGGAGCCCAGCGCGGCAGUGGGGGUCCGCGGGCCGCCUUCCGCUCCGGGAGGAGCGCUUUG